UUCACUUCUAUGUUAAUAGAAAUGAAAAUGAGUGGUGAAAAAGUUAUUUUCACUCCAAAUUCGGACAUUGAGAAACUAACUCCUAAAUCUAAAUUUCAAUUAGUUGGUUACGUAGAUGCUAUUGAGGCAACUGCUAAAUAUGGCCAAAAAACUGCCUUCAAGUUUGUCGUCAACAACGGUAAUGGGUACCGUGUACAAGUCUAUGCUUGGAAUGAUCAAGUAAAACGUACUGAGGCUGUAGUGAAACUGGAUCAUAUAUUUUAUAUCGAUGGUGGAAUUGGCGUAGCUAACAGUGAAUAUAACCGCGGAAACUACUUUGGAGCCCAGUUAUCCAUUCAGAAGUAUACCACGAUUACUGAUUUUGGAAAAUUAGAUCGAAAAUUGUAUUCAGUCAGUGAAACUAAUGAUAAUGGCGAAUUACAAACAAUUGAAUUGGAUGCCAUUUCUAAUAAUUUAUUGCCAAAGAAAUUUCGUAAGUACUGUCGGGUAUACAUUAAAACUAAAUUUACGGUACUUGAUUCUGGAAAUGACGACAAUCAAGCUUUCUUUUACAUUACAAAUGGAACUGUAAGAAUGUCGGUUACUAUUAAUUUAUACGAAGCAAAUAAUUACAAUGUUGGAGAUCAUGUUAUCCUCAGUGGUUCUGUUCAUAAAUUGAAAUCUGACGAAGAAUGUUUUAUUGUGGAAUCUAUGAAUGACAUUGAGAUAGCCGGCGAGGACAAGAAAUCGAUUAAUUGGUUAUUACAAGGAAACAAGAUCAUUUAUCAAGAAAACCCCUUUAAUUCCCACAAGCGUCAAAAAAUUUUUUAA